GAUGCAGGAGUCAUCUGUGAGGGGUCUAAAUCUCUCUCAGCUCUCAAUGGGACAGUACGACUGUCUGGAGAGAGUGACUGUGAGGGUCAGGUGGAGGUUUACUACCAGCUGACCUGGAGCAGAGUUCUCAUGGACUCCUGGAGCUUCAGGGAGACCUCUGUGGUCUGCAGGCAGCUGGGCUGUGGGAUCCCUGUGGAGGUGCUGGGGGGGGCUGUGUUUGGGAAGGGGGGUGACCAAGUGUGGAGAGAGGAGAUUCAGUGUAGAGGGAAUGAAUCUCAUAUUUACUUCUGCCCAAAAUCACCCUCAAAGACUGAGAACUGCUCCCAUGGUAAUGAUGUGGGACUGGUGUGUUCAGGGUACACAGACUCCAGGCUGGUGGGCGGCCCUGGGAAUGAGACGUCUCUGUGGGACUGUCCUUCAGCACCGAGGGGACAGAAUGACUGUGUCCAUAAGGAGGACAUAGGAGUUGUUUGUUUAGAAUAUAAACAGAUCAGACUGGCUGAUGGCUGCUCUGGGCAGUUGGAGGUUUUCUACAAUGGCACCUGGGGAAAUGUGUGCUUCAAUCAAAUGGACACAAACACAGCCAGUCUGAUAUGUCACCACCUCAAGUGUGGAAAGAGUGGGACUGUUUCUAACUCAUGGUCUCGGCUGAAAGGAGCUCCAAACUGGCUUGAUAACCUGAAAUGUCGCCCACAUGACUCCACACUGUGGCAGUGCUCAUCCUCUAACUGGGGAGACAAUAAAUGUGAGGAAGGUGAAGUGGCUCAGAUCACCUGUGAUGGCCACCCCCCCAUGAGACUGCGGGGGGGCAGUAGCGAGUGCUCAGGGAGGGUGGAGCUGUUGCAUGAGGGCUCCUGGGGGACAGUCUGUGACGACUCCUGGGACCUGAGAGACGCCCAGGUGGUCUGCAGACGUUUGGUUUGUGGCACAGCACUGGAGGCUCAUGGGAACUCUGCCUUUGGACGAGGAACUGGCACCAUUUGGCUGAAUGAGGUGAACUGCAGGGGUGAUGAGCUCCACCUGUGGGACUGUCCUCACUCUCUUCAGGUCCAGUGGAACUGCAGCCACAAGGAGGAUGCUGGUGUUACCUGUGCAGGUUCAUCGCUGCUUAAGGCCACUACAGUUCCUCCUCCAGUUGUACCCCUUUCCAUUCCAUUUGUUGUCUUCCUGGUACUGGGAGCUCUUCUCUUCCUGCUGCUGGUGAUAACAGCUGUCCAGUUGUACCAGAACAGAGUGCGGAAGAGAGCUCUGUACCAGGAGGGUCUCACCACUCUGCAUGAGGCCAUUUAUGAGGAGGUAGAGUACAAUCUGACCCGGGGGGAGACCUACAGAGCCCCUCGCAAGGGAAGUGUCCUCUCUGAGGAGCUGCCCUCUGGGUAUGAAGAUGUGGAGGACAGUGAAGGAGACCUUCUCUCAGGUAGGGGGCUGAGGUCUGUGAAUUUGUUACGGUUAACGUUUAGUAAUAGGAACCCUCUUUUAACACUAUGA